UUCUCCACCCCAUCAUAUUAUUGCAUCUUUUGUCUAGUCCAUAAGUAAACUAGUCAAUCAAUCAUUAAGUUUACUCUCUUAUAUAUAAGUCACAUAUUAUUAUUUAUAGUAUAGUGAAAAUAUAACUAUAAAACAAAAACAAAACAAUAUAGAGAAUACAUAUAAUGGAGAAUGAAACUUAUUAUGAUGAAGUUGAAACACUAGAAUUUCAACCUUCACGCAAUCAUCGAGAGAGUAAUAAGAUAGCACCUGAAAUUAUAGAGAUCGAAGAAGAAGAAAAUGACGAUGAAUAUAAAGAAAACAAAAUUGAAGAUGUUUAUGUUGCGGUGGGUAAAGAUGAUUUACAACUACUUAAAUGGGUUCUUGCCAAUGUCGUCGUGACAGGAGCUCGUGUUAAUCUCAUCCAUGUUUCUCACCCUAUUUCUUCAAUUUCUACUUCGGUUGGAAGAUUGUGGGUUGGUCCAUUGAGUCCUGAACAAGCCAAGAUUUAUGCAACCGAAGAGCACAACAAAAGGAAGAAUUUACUGCACAAGUACAUUCGCCUUUGUCUUGACCAUAAGGUUAACGUGGAUACCAUACUUAUCGAGUCAAGUGAAACAACAAAGGCAAUUUUGGAUCUUAUUCCUGUUCUCAACAUGACUUCUCUUGUCAUGGGCGCCAAACAUCCAACUUCCUCUAGGCGAUUAAUAAAAGGACUAAGUAAAGGAGUGUUAAUUCAGAAUAAUGCACCGGAUUAUUGUAAAGUUACACUUGUGUAUGUCGGAAAGAAGAAUGUGGAUAAUCAAGGGAAAAUGUAUCAUAUACCAUCUUCCUUCAUAAGCUCAAAUGACAAACAUACCAAACCAACUCGACAAAAAUAUGAAAGGAACAACAUGGAAUGUGCGUGUUUCCCGAUUAAGUUCUAUUGAUUUUAUUAGGGUUUGGUACCAUAUGUAUUAUUAACUACAAUUUUGAGCGAUAUUCACUUGUCAUGCACCAUAGUUUUCAUAAUAUUUAGGAAAAUUUUCAUAUUAGUGUUAGGGAAUGUUAAAGAGUUCAGCUUAUAUAAUUUCUGAAAGGAUCGGGCUCUACAUAGGUUUGUAUGAGUAUUAAUGGCUUAAUUUGGAUCUCAUAUUUGGAUAUUUGAUGUCUCCAUAUAUAUUAAUGGAUUAAUUCAGAUACUUUUACUA